CGAGUUCAUUCGAUACAAAGCGGUAGUCAGUGACGAAAAGCAAGUGCCAUUAUCGUUCUCUCCGUCGAUUUACGAAACUACACUUCAAUUCCAAAAAGGAUAACUGGGACUCGCAUUCCGACUCACUACCCAACGACUACGAUUUAAUUAGCUAAAGGCCAAAUUAAAGCUUCAAGAUGCCGUUCAAGCCAGUAGAAAACCCAAAAUGCCCAAAAUGCGGCAAAUCAGUAUAUGCCGCGGAAGAGCGUGUUGCCGGUGGACUUAAGUGGCACAAAAUGUGUUUCAAAUGCGGUAUGUGCAGCAAAUUGUUGGACUCCACCAACUGCACUGAGCACGAAGGUGAGUUGUUCUGCAAGAACUGCCACGCCCGCAAGUACGGACCCAAAGGAUACGGUUUUGGCGGUGGUGCCGGCUGUCUGUCCAUGGACACCGGAGCACAAUUCACAGAAGGAGGCCAAACAAAUGGCCACCGUACAAAUGGAGCUUGUUUGGAACCAAGAAAAAUAAUCCGCGCUAAAGAUGGCGAAGGAUGCCCGAGGUGCGGCGGUUGCGUCUACGCCGCCGAAAUGAUGCUCGCCAGGGGAAAGGGAUGGCACAAAGAAUGCUUCAAAUGUGCAGACUGUUCUAAAAGAUUAGACUCUGUUAACUGUUGCGAAGGUCCCGAUAAAGAUAUCUACUGCAAAGUUUGCUAUGCAAAGAAGUUUGGUCCUAAGGGCUAUGGAUAUGGGCAAGGUGGUGGAGCACUGCAGAGUGAUUGCUAUGCUAAUAUGGAUCAAGCUCCAAAGACAACCGUAAUUGAUACAGCUAAAAUCCAAGCACCCCCAGGACAAGGUUGUCCACGAUGUGGUGGAGUUGUAUACGCUGCCGAACAAGUUCUUGCUAAAGGAAGGGAAUGGCAUCGCAAGUGCUUCAAAUGCCGUGACUGCACCAAAACAUUGGACUCGAUUAUUGCUUGCGAUGGUCCAGAUCGUGAUGUUUACUGCAAGACAUGUUACGGAAAGAAAUGGGGACCCCACGGUUACGGUUUUGCUUGCGGAAGCGGAUUCCUUCAAACUGACGGUUUAACAGAGGAAGAAAUUUCAAUGGGAAGACCGUUCUAUAACCCAAACACCACUUCCCUAAUGGCUCCAGAAGGCCAAGGUUGUCCAAGAUGCGGAGGCAUGGUGUUUGCCGCUGAACAACAAUUAGCCAAAGGAACGAUGUGGCACAAGAAGUGCUUCAACUGCGCCGAGUGCCAUCGUCCUUUGGAUUCGAUGCUCGCAUGUGAUGGACCUGACAAGGAAAUUCACUGCAAACCAUGCUACGGUAAAUUAUUUGGACCUAAAGGAUUCGGCUAUGGCCACACACCCACACUUGUAUCAACCAACGGAGAAUCCACAAUAUCUUUCCCCGACGGUAGGCCAUACGGCGGUCAAAAGGGAGUAAAAGGCGGUUGCCCCCGCUGCGGCUACGCUGUCUACGCCGCCGAACAAAUGAACUCGAAGAACGGAAUUUGGCACAGACGCUGCUUCUCCUGCGUGGACUGCAAGCGCUCCCUGGACAGCACCAACCUGAACGACGGACCAGACGGAGAGAUUUACUGCCGCGGAUGCUACGGCCGCAACUACGGACCGAAGGGUGUCGGCUAUGGAAUUGGCGCCGGCACGCUGACCAUGGCCUGAACGGCCGCUUAUCCGAAUAUAAACCAUUUAUCACGUUAGGUGAAACGAGAUCGAUGUUUCAUAUAUACGUAUAUGUGUAAUACGAACGCAAAAUGAACAAAUACUAUUGUUAAACAAGU